AUGACUUAACCGAACUGUGUAUUGUUAAUAGAAAGGACUUUUUCAAGCGACAUUUGAUUACAGGUCAAUAGUCUUUACAAAAAGUCGAGUUUGUAUCCAUCAGUUAAUAUCUAUAAUGGUAUCCGUUACAGUUAAAUGUUUAAUUUUGGCAUUCGUGUAUUCUGCAUUGAGUACACAUGUAGCCGCACAUUCGAAUGUGAAAAAGAUUUUGAAUAUUGCUAUAAUUGGCGCCGGAGCUUCAGGUCUUGCGAGUGCAAAAAAUGCCAUUGAAGAUGGACACAAUGUGGUGAUAUUCGAAAAAAGCGGGGCACUCGGUGGGGUAUGGUUUUAUACGGACCAAAUAGGGAAAGAUGAAUAUGGUGUUGAUAUUCAUACUCCAAUGUACAAAGAGCUACGAACAAAUACACCGUACCAAACCAUGGAGUUUCCAAAUUUCACAUAUCCAGAAAGCACACCGUCGUAUCCUUCACAUGAAGUUGUAUGGAAGUACUUGGAUUCAUAUGCUGAACAUUUUCAUAUAAAGGAACACAUAAAAUAUCAUCAUUUGGUUGAAAAAAUCCAUUCAAUACAAAACAAGAAGUGGGAAAUAAGUGUCAAGGACAUGCCUAAAAACCAAAGCGUAAAGUUAACAUUUGACGCUGUUUUUAUUUGCAUUGGUAUUAGUUCUUCCCCACAAAUUCCAAAAAUCGCGGGCGUCACAGAAUUUAAAGGAAAAAUCAUGCACAGUCGUAACUAUCGAAAACCUGAAGCAUUUGAAGGAGAAGAUGUACUAAUUGUUGGAACUGGUCCAAGUGGUAACGAUGUGGUGAACCAACUCGACAAUAUUGCCAACCGAAUAACGCUUAGCUCUCGUGAAGAUGGUCCAAAUGAAUCUCGUGUUAUAAAAAUCAUAGAAAAAGUUGUUGAAAUAUGUGGUAAUUGCCUCGAUAAAAAAGAAGAACAGCAUCAAUUCGGUUUACUUGCAAAUGAUAUCUCAUUUAAAGGCAACGUGAAACGAUUCAUUGGAUCAAAUGGAGUCGAAUUUGAUGAUGGGACGAUUCAAAAUUUCACAGUCGUUAUCUAUGCAACAGGUUAUAAAUACUCUUUUCCAUUUCUGAGUAGAAAUUCUGGAAUUAUGGUUAAGGAAAAUCACGUUGAUCCCUUGUAUAAACAAAUUUUGAACAUUAAACACCCAACUAUGGCCUUUAUCGGGAUUCCUUUUACUGCGGUUCACAAUCGGAUGUAUGAUUUGCAGGCACGUUUUGCACUGAAAUUCAUCUCUGGAGCCAAACUAUUGCCAUCAUAUAAAGAAAUGCUGGAAGAUUCGAAGAUGAUAUCAUUUAAAAGCAAGCCUCAUUUACUGGGAUUGAUGCACAAACUAUAUUAUAAAGAUCUUGCGGACACUGCUGAGAUUGAUAGUAUACCAGAAAUUUAUUCAGAAAUACUUGUAGAUGCUUUGAUAUGUUCAAAUGUUUCGCCGGAUUUUCGUGAAAUGAAAUAUGUCAUAAUCGACGAUGAAAACUUCACCAAAGAAUAUGAUGAUAAUUUAUAAGAGGAAUAUUUGAUAAAAUCAUGUCAUCAUUAAGAUGAAAAUAAUUAUUUCGCGACCAUUUUUCAAGUAGUUUUGAUUGCUUCUUGAUUUUUGACUGUA